CCAUCUCGUAUUCUUCUCUUUCUCCCAGAUUCAUAUGUCAUGGAGAAUCGGAGGCCACAAUCUCAACAUCAACCUCAACCUCUUCGGAUAGCCAAGACCCCAACGUUGUCGAAACUUGGUGUUGGGCCAAUCUCUAGGUACCCUCACAUUCCGCGGAGACGGUCGUCCUUAUGUGCGGUUUCGAGAACCUGUUCGGGCCAGUCUGCUAUCUCAACAAGGACGCCGUCAUUUGGGAAUGACGUGGGUCAAUUGCAAAUUUUGAAGACCCGCGCUGAUACAAACGUUUUGGAUGAAGCAUUUCGUCGUGAUCUGGAUGAUGUCGAUGAACUUGAUGUAAGUCAUUCCCAACUUUGCUUUGAGGGUAUUGGAUCUGACAGAUGAUGUAGGUGGAGAAGAACGGCCUUGAACUUGCUAGGCAGAAUAGACUCAAAACCAGAAACCGAUUGCUUCCUUGGUUCUUCCGUACAGCUAGCCCUAGGCCUUGGUUCACAUCAGCGAAAUCGUCGAGAGAUCCUGUGAGGAUACCCCCUCUCGCAGAUUCUCUGGGAUCGACACUCUCCGCUGGUAAACAACCUGGCAUGUCCAUAAGGACUUCGUGUCGACAGUUCUCGCUGCAACCUGAGGGGCUGAGUCACUCAGUUCCGCGGAGAGUCCCUGUUGCUACAGUCAAUCUAAAGGCUAUAGCGGAAAGUCCCAGGAUCCGCGCACACUCCAUAUCCAUGUGGGUUACUGUUGACGCGUUCGUUGAUGUAAAUCCGGUCGAGUCCUUUGAUUUUGAAUGCCUCACGCCGUUGGAUAUGGUUAUUAUACUUGAUGAUGUACCGUUGAUGUCGAUUGGAACUCUGAGAAAGGCGGUUACGAGCUGUUCAGUCGUUGUCUCGAGUUUGAAUACUGAAAUCGAUCAUUUCGCUAUUGGAUAUCUGGAUGCGGGAUCUGAGGACCAUCUUAACGUGUUGCUACCACUGGGGUUGAAUUCCGUGAGAUCCGCCAUGAGAGCGAUGGAGACGUACCAAAUCGCCCACCUGGCGGGAAAGAAUGACAAGAAACCUGACAUACAUAAGGCCAUUAGACGAGCCGCGAGUAUGCUCAACAGCCGUGGGAGGGCUACUAUAGGUCACAUUCUGUUCAUCACUGCUAGUCUUGGUAUGCAGUUUUCGAUUCCCUCGAUGGGGGAGAAACUCAGCAUCCAUACAAUGUCUCCUGACUGUCGCUUCCAUUUUGAGAACGAGGAGACGCCUCGAGGGUGGCAUGUAUUUUCAGACACUGAAUGUUAUGAAAAAGGCUCAGCAAAGGAUAUUGUACAAGGCAAGGUUCGCAAAAUGGUCAGACAUAUUCGCGCGGGAGUUGACUCGGGUGCCAUCACGGACUUGACAUUGAAUCUCACUCCUCGAGAGGACUGCCAGAUCCUUUCUAUAUGGGAAGACACACAGUUGCCAACGUUGCGGCCGGGGGAGAGAUGGGUGGUUCCAGUUCAAGUUAGCGUGCCAGCGACGGACCAAAGGUCGAUCGAAGAUGACAGGCCAGCGGUCAAUGGAAGUUCUUACCCGAUUGAGAAGCUGAUGAAUCAGUUGUACGAAAUGCUAGGGAGCUUUUCCCGUGAAGUUGUUACGCAGGAUAUUAUGGCUGCGUGUCUCGAGUACAAGCAUUCCGCGCUGGGGGAACACGCCACUGUUCGGUCAGAGAGCUACUGCAGAAUGAAACGGAAUGUGCACAGAUGUUAUCCGGAAGGAGCUGGUCCAGGGCUACCAAUUAUGGGAAAUCUCGUGUUGGUGGAAGAGAUGGGAGGCCUAAGGGCAGGUCGAUUCGAGGAGGAUGAAGAGGAAUACUAUGAAGAAGAAGAAGAAGAUGAAGAAGGAUACGAUGGAGGUGAAGAGGAUGGGGGGGACGAUGGCGACGGUGACGAUGACGAUUAUGAGGGUGGUAACAGCGAGGAGGACGAGGACGAAGAAGAUGAAGAGGACGAGGAAGAAGAAGAGGAAGACUGUGAGGAGGAACGGGAGGAAGAGGAGCAGCCAGAAGGCCAUGAAGAAGACGAGGAAGGAGAAAUGUAUGAGGAAGAUGUGUACUUUGAUGACGGGGACUAUCGGCAUUCAGAAGGCGAACAGCUGUACAGAUGGUGAGCAUUGGGGUAUAUUCUGCUGUCAGAAUAGACGCUUCAGUAUCCAGAAGAUCAUUACUUGAGAUGGGCCUGCAGUCAAUAGAUCAUUGAUAACUUGACGGUUUGAUAUAAUAAGACAAAUUUCAUUCAUCGAGG